AUGGAGCAAAACCCAUGGGCACCGAGCGGGCCUGGAAAGCACGGGUAUUGGUUCUGUCGUCCGGUCAGCGACAAGAAGCAUAUGUUUCAUCGGGACGAAGAGCGGCACGUCUUCAUGGGCACCUCUCAAUCGGGUGGAUACCACUACUGCGGGUAUUAUCGCGUGGCUGGUGUCGGAUGGCUCACACCGGAGGAAUGGAAGUCGCUAUCUCAUCCAGUACGCACCUCACUGUCUUCCCGUCCCUACAUCGAACUGAAGCAGCGCGGUGCUUCGAGCUUCGAGCAGCUCGCCAGCAAGCUGGGCAAGGGCGACCUGCUUGUCCCGUAUGUUCAGCUGCAGUGUAUCGAGUUCGAUCCGGCGUUCUAUGGAGAGCUU